AUGGAACCCAAGAAUUAUGCGGCCAUUCGUUCUCUCCUAAAACAGGAAAGGGGAGAAAAAGUGGCUCCUCAUGUUUUUAAACUGGAAAAUAUUCACUCCCUCCAAAAAUAUUUGCAACAAGAGAGAAUUACUUAUGAGACCUAUCGAGAGGUAUCCGAAAAUGAAAUCCGAAAAAAAGCCAGCCAAAAAGACCGACCGGUAGUAGUCAUCUCUAACGAUAAGCAAAAUAAAUAUAGUGAUGAGAAGAGUAAAAUUUUGACUGAUCAAAUUUUAACUAUUGAUAAGAGUAGAUUGGGGGAUAAGAUUGGUGCUUUGAGUUCGAGUGAAAUAAUAAAACUAGAGCAGGCUUUGCAUGUGGUGUUGAGUUUAUGGUAUUGUCGUAGUGGAUUUGCUUCGGAGAGUUGGUUGUUGUUGCAGAGAUUAGCCAAAAAGGAGGGAAUUUCUACCAACCAAUUGUUAGAAAAGAUGAUAAAAAGAAUAUUAGUAGGAGGUCUCCUCUUAGUCCUCUUCAAAAAUAAAGGGCAACUUAUUUUAGAUAAUACUCCCGAGUUUUUAGACUAUUGUGCUAAGAGUAAUGGUCUGGUCUUUUUUGGUCCCAUAGGGAGCGGAAAAACAGCAAUAUUGGCUAU